GCUUUGACUUCUCGCGACAUUUCAGAUCACGCUCUUCGAAAGAUGGCAGCUUCCGAGCCUGCUCCGGCUCCGGCUGAAAGCUGGCUGCGCACUCGGGAUGUGCUCAUAAAGGAGGGCCCCGAAGACUUUGGGUCUCUGAUGCUGUCGGCGCCCGUGCUAGAAGGGCUGAAAGCUGCCGGGUUCCUGAAGCCAUCUCCAGUGCAACUCAAAGCCAUCCCGCUGGGCCGCUGUGGCCUGGAUCUUAUUGUGCAGGCAAAAUCUGGAACUGGUAAAACCUGUGUCUUUUCUACUAUUGCACUUGAUUCCCUUAUCUUGGAAAGCCCAGUUACCCAGAUUCUAGUUUUGGCUCCUACUCGAGAGAUUGCUGUACAAAUACAUGCAGUUAUUACAAGUAUUGGGAUCAAAAUGGAAGGUUUGGAAUGUCAUGUCUUCAUUGGAGGUACUCCUUUAAACCAAGAUAAAAUGCGGCUGAAGAAGUGUCAUAUAGCAGUUGGUUCCCCUGGUCGCAUAAAACAACUCAUAGAGCUGGACUAUCUGAAUACAGCCAGCAUUCGCCUCUUCAUUCUUGAUGAAGCAGAUAAACUUCUGGAAGAAGGCAGUUUUCAAGAACAAGUCAAUUGGAUUUAUUCUUCUCUACCAGCCAACAAGCAGAUGUUGGCUGUUUCAGCCACUUAUCCUGAAUCUUUGGCUAAUACUUUGACUAGGUACAUGAGAGAUCCCACCUUUGUGAGGCUGAAUCCCACUGACCCAAGUCUCAUUGGGUUGAAGCAGUUCUUCAGAGUUGUGAAUUCUCACCCAUUGCCUCACAAGACUUUUGAGGAGAAGGCUGAGCAUUUACAGGAGCUGUUCAGCAAGGUUCCUUUCAACCAGGCCCUGGUCUUCUCAAACCUACAUUGCCGAGCUCAACAUCUGGCAGAUUUACUGACAUCCAAAGGUUUUCCUGCUGAGUGUAUUUCAGGCAGUAUGAAUCAGAAUCAGCGACUUGAUGCCAUGGCUAAACUGAAGCAGUUCCACUGCAGAGUCUUGAUUUCAACUGAUUUGACUUCCCGUGGAAUUGAUGCUGAGAAAGUGAACCUGGUCAUUAAUUUAGAUGUGCCUGUGGACUGGGAAACAUAUAUGCAUCGGAUUGGUAGAGCUGGACGCUUUGGAACCUUAGGGCUUGCAGUGACAUAUUGCUGUCGUGGAGAAGAAGAAACUAUGAUGAUGAAAAUUGCACAGAAGUGUAAUCUUCGGCUUCUUCCUUUACCAGAACCUAUCCCUCCUGGGCUGAUGGAACGGUGUGAUGGUUGGGAUGUAGAAGUCACUGCUGUCCCGUACCCCAACGCUUCACUGAAUGCUUCUCUGUUGCCAGCUAAAAGACCAGAAGGAGCAAUGCAACACACUGUAGUAAGCAACAGUGCACAGAUUUCUGCUGAUGAUAUUUCUGAAAAUUCUGAAAAAAAUCCUCCUGCCACCAAACAUAAAAACAAACAAAAACAGCAGUUUAAAAACAGAAUGGAGAAUACUAAAGCAAUAAUAACUAGAAAUCCACAGUCUUCUCAUGGAAUUCCAAAGCAGAACUGUCAAAUGGAACCUAAUUAUAAAACUGCUGGGCAGCAUAACGGAGAGGUGGAAAGGGAAACUAUAAAAGAUGCACUUCCUAAGAUCCCUUGUUUGUCAUCUUUUAAAAAUCAUCAGUCCACCAAUACAUGGAGCAUGGUUGAAUUUGUUGAGGAUUAUGAAUACUUCAUUAAGGAAGGAUUGGAGAGAGAUGUGGAAAUUGUAAGAACUUACUCAGGUCCUAGUGAGCAGUAUAUGCACCCAGAAAACAAGGUCCUUGACCAGGCAGGAAUGGAAUCCAGAACAUACAUUGCAACAACAGCUGGGGUGCUGACUGGAGAGUCUGAUAGUGAUAGUAGUUCUUGCAGUUCUGGAUCAUCCACAUAUAGCCGGGAAGACCAGUCAUAUAUCAGAGCUUCAUCAGAUACACAGCAAAGAGACAAUGGUGAACUGGCAACAAACCGGACAGUUCAGAGACAUGCUCUGCAGUUCACUGGUGUCCCUGAACCAGAGCAGUUUCAAGAGGCUUCUGUGCUCCACAAGAAGAUGAAACAGAAUGUGAAACAGAGCAAACAGAGUAGGCCUGGCUGCUCUUCUCAAGCCAGCAAGACCUCCAAUAGAGAGGCUAGAGAAAAUGCACCCCAAGGCAAACAUGUUCCUUUUUCUCAGAGCAACCAUCUCAAUUAUGAGGAGUACUGGCGAGCAUAUUACAGGGCAUGGCAGGACUAUUAUGCUGAAGCAUCUCGGUCAUGCUACCAGAUGUACCUGAGACCAUUGAAUAUGCUGACUGCAUAUCAUGCUAAUACAGUUUAUUUUGAAGAGUUGUUGAGGGAGGAUAGGUAAUGGGAAAGUGGUAAAAAUUCUCUUCUCCCAAGUCGCAUUUUUUGUAUUCCUUCUCAUUCCAUGUAUGUCCUGUUUUGUAUGCAGUUUAGAAGUGGAACUGCUUUAACCAUGUUGCUAAUAAAUAGUAUGCAAACAAA